AGAUUGAGCGAGAUCGGAAACCCUAGUUUUCCUCGGCUGUUGUUCUUUAUAUAUAAUAUAACUUUGGGGUUCGAUAAAGAAGGAAGCGCAGAGAAAUGGGAAAGAAACAGCAUAGCAAAGAUCGGAUGUUCAUAACGAAAACGGAGUGGGCGACCGAAUGGGGAGGUGCCAAAUCCAAACUGCAGUCUACGCCAUUCAAGCGUCUUCCCUUCUACUGCUGCUCGCUCACUUUCACUCCGUUCGAGAAUGCGGUUUGUACAAUUGAUGGCAGCGUUUUCGACGUUACGAAUAUAAUACCUUACAUCAGAAAGUAUGGAAAGCAUCCGGUCACUGGAGCUCCCCUUAAACUUGAGGAUCUCAUCCCUCUUACUUUCCACAAGAACUCCGAAGGAGAAUAUCACUGCCCGGUUUUAAACAAAGUGUUCACAGAAUUUACACAUCUUGUCGCUGUGAAAACUACUGGAAACGUGUUCUGUUAUGAGGCCAUUAAAGAACUGAACUUGAAAACAAAAAACUGGAAGGAACUCCUCACUGAUGAACCAUUUACCAGGGAAGACCUUAUAACAAUACAGAAUCCAAAUGCACUUGACAGCAAGGUCUUGAUUGAAUUUGAUCAUGUUAAAAAUAGUCUUAAAGUUGAUGAUGAAGAAUUGAAAAGAAUGGGCACAGAUCCAGCUUAUAACAUAAAUGUAACGGGAGAUAUUAAACAGAUGCUGCAGGAGCUCGGAACUGAGAAGGGGAGGCAAACUGCCUUGCAUGGUGGAGGUGGCAACAAAGCACAGAGUGAAAGAGCUGCCGCACUUGUUGCUAUUUUAGCUUCGAGAUCCCGCAUCAAAGAGGAUUCCAAGUCUAAUACAAAUGGAGAAAAACUGAAUCAGUCUUACAGUAUUGUAGAUGCUGCAUCUGCAUCAGUACAUGGAAGAAGUGCUACGGCAGCCAAAGCUGCAUCGAGUGAUAAGACUGCCGCUCGGAUAGCAAUGCACAUGGCAGGUGAACGGGCGCCUGUCAAUGCCAAACUGGUAAAAAGCCGUUUCACCACUGGUGCUGCUUCACGUUCCUUUACUUCUACCUCUUAUGAUCCUGUUACCAAAAAUGAAUUUGAAUACAUCAAAAUUGAGAAGAAUCCAAAAAAGAAAGGCUAUAUUCAGCUGCAUACGACACAUGGUGAUUUGAACAUAGAGCUUCAUUGUGAUAUAACUCCUAGGACUUGUGAAAACUUCAUCACACUUUGUGAACGUGGCUACUUUAAUGGAAUAGCAUUCCAUCGAAGCAUUCGGAAUUUUAUGAUCCAGGGUGGUGAUCCCACUGGAACUGGAAGAGGAGGUGAGUCCAUUUGGGGGAAGCCUUUCAAAGAUGAGCUAAACUCGAAAUUGCUUCACUCAGGAAGGGGUGUUGUCAGUAUGGCCAACAGUGGUCCUCACACAAAUGGAUCCCAAUUCUUCAUCCUUUACAAGUCAGCUAAUCAUCUGAACUUCAAGCAUACUGUUUUUGGCAUGGUUGUUGGUGGUCUGACAACCCUUGCUGCCAUGGAAAAGGUUCCUGUUGAUGACAAUGACCGGCCUCUCGAAGAAAUCAAGAUCACAAGUGUUACAGUGUUUGUGAAUCCUUAUACAGAACCUGAUGAUGAAGAACAACAAAAGAGAGAUGAGAAGAAUACGGAUGAUGUGGACAAUGACAAGGUAGGCUCUUGGUAUAGUAAUCCAAGCAGUGGAACUAUGGAAUCUGCAGCUGUGGGUGGCGGCGUGGGGAAGUAUUUGAAAGCAAAAACUAGCCUGGCUGAGGCUGCGAUUGGGGAUGCUAAUUUGCCAAGCAUAGCCAAGAAAAGGAAAACAAUUGUUUCGGAAGAAUACAAGGACUUCUCUUCAUGGUAGCAUCACUUCUGGAUUUGUACUAUAGCUGGGGAAGACUUAUACCUUGUAGAGUACCAAGUUAACGAUGCAUCUGGAGGAUGUAAAAUCUGUGGAACUGCAAGUCCUUCAGUGAAUGCUGCGAUCCCAAUAGCCAUGUCCUAUUCCUGACGCUUA